CCGUGUAGUGUUGCCAGUCUCUGUGGAAGAGUAUCAAGUAGGGCAGCUGUACUCUGUGGCUGAGGCCAGCAAGAAUGAGACGGGAGGAGGAGAAGGCAUCGAAGUGCUGAAGAACGAACCUUACGAGAAGGAUGGGGAGAAGGGACAAUACACACAUAAAAUAUACCAUCUAAAGAGUAAAGUCCCAGGUUAUGUGAAGAUGAUUGCACCAGAGGGAGCAUUAGUUUUUCACGAAAAGGCUUGGAACGCCUACCCAUACUGUCGCACUAUUGUGACGAACGAGUACAUGAAGGACGACUUUAUGAUUAAGAUCGAGACGUGGCACAAACCUGACAUGGGAACAGUAGAAAAUGUCCAUGACCUGGACGAGCAGACGUGGAGGACUGUGGAGGUGGUUCCCAUAGAUAUAGCAAACAAAGAAGAAGUGGCCACUGGGGACUAUAAGCCAGAAGAAGAUCCUGCUCUUUUCCACUCCGCCAAGACAGGCAGAGGACCUCUAGGCCCCGAAUGGAAGAACGAGCUGAAGACAGAUUGUCCUUACAUGUGCGCAUACAAACUGGUCACUGUCAAGUUCAGAUGGUGGGGUCUGCAGACCAAAGUGGAAAAUUUCAUCCACAGGCAAGAAAAGCGUAUUUUCACCAACUUCCACCGCCAGCUGUUCUGCUGGAUCGACAGAUGGGUGGGUUUGACCAUGGAGGACAUCAGGCGGAUGGAAGAAGAGACCCAAAAAGAGCUUGAGGAGAUGCGUCAGAAGGGAGAUGUGCGAGGGACCUCUGCGACAGACGAGUAGAGGCCCGUCGCUGUAGGUCAAACACUAGAGGCAGGCUGAGUAAGUCUCAACACAGGGAGAGGUGGUGGCGCUGCAUGGAUCAUUCUCCACCCUUUUCUUAAUACUGCUGUCCGGCUGCCUUCUAACUUUACCCGUUUGUUUUCAGAUCUUUUGUGCCUCUUUUCAUCCCGUUCUAAUCUUCCUCUGUUUUCAUCUCAUGGGUCUCCGUUCUUCUACUGUGGUUAAAAUAUAACAGCACUUUAGCUGGCUGCCUUAAUUUGUUUAUCCUAGAAGUUAUUUUUGGAGUAGGGAAUCAAAACCAUUAACACCACUCGUGCUCAUCUGG